GCGUUAUUUACGUGACAGCAUUUUGUAAAAAUGAAAUCUUAAUUGUUAUUAAUUAUUUGUAGGGGACCAGCAAUUUGACAUACUUUUGUUUUAUAAUUAAAGAAUAAAGAAUUAAAAUGAACAACGCAACAGAUCCUGUUCAAAUUGCUGAUUUAUUGGUAAUUAUUGUGGACACAAAUCCAAUACAAAAAUAUCUACAGCAAAAUUCAGAAAGCCUGUCGCUUGUAGUUGAUUCUGUCAUACCGCUUGCCAAUGCUCAUCUGUUGCAAAGAGCUGAAAAUAUGAUCGCAGUGAUAUCGUGCCAUCAUAAUGGAAGUUUUUAUCUAUAUCCUACUGAGGGGAAAAAAGUUCCUGAUACUCAAAAUUAUGAUGGUCAGUUUGAAGCUUUCAGUGAAGUUGAAUUGACUGUCAGGCAGAAUUUGUCUGAAUUAAUUGAAAAUGCUCCCAUCGUAACUCCAAUAGCAGAAAGUUUAUUAGCAGGAACUAUAUCAUUGGCAUUGUGUUAUAUCAAUCGUCUGUCAUUAGAAGUUGAGCCAAAUACUAAAAUACGUCCACGCAUAUUGAUCAUUACUGGAAGCAACGAAAACAGUUCUCAAUAUGUAAAUUUUAUGAAUGUAUUCUUCACAGCACAAAAAAUGGGUUGCACUCUGGAUGUUUGUGCUCUUAAUAAUUCUUUGAUCUUACUGAGACAGGGCUGUGAAAUCACAAGUGGACAAUAUCUGCACGUAACCAAUUUGGAACCAUUGUUACAAUAUUUUCUUUGGGUAUUUCUUCCAGAGCCGGAAAUACGCAAGAAACUUGUUUUGCCACAAUUAAAUAAAGUAGACACACGCGCGGCAUGUUUUUGUCAUCGCGAGCUGAUUGAGGUGGCUUUUGUCUGUUCAGUCUGUCUAUCAGUUUUUUGCAAGUUUAGUCCCAUAUGCACCACGUGCCAUACCAUCUUUAAAGCUCCUGAACUCAUACAAACGGCUAAAAAGAAAAGGAAACUUUAAACAAUUUUGUAUAUAAGAUUUAAUUUUUAUUAAGGUACAACAUAGUUUGAAUAAGGUAUAACGAUUCUUAGGAUAUAAUAAAUCAAUAAUGUUAAAUAGAAAA